AUGCCACAUGAGCUAUGUUUGCAACGGCUGGCAUUGUUACCAGAGGCGGUCACCAGCAUCUCUGCCCUAGAAACGGGUGAUGUAGUUCUCUGUUCCAAGUCUAGCGUUUGGGUCUUUCCUUCUCACUUUCAUGGCCAAGCUCUUGCACAGGUCGAAUGCGAGGCAACAUGCAUUUUAGCUUUGGGUUCGCAAACAAUCGCGGCGGGCGACCACGCUGGACGAGUCAGAGUUUGGCACUUGCGGCGGCAGAUCUUGAAGGAGGUGCGGAAUGUUCAGGUUCAUUUCUCCAAUGUUCGAGACAUCAGCAGUGGUGGAGACAUUUUGCUCACUGCCUCUGAUGAUGGGUGGGUGAAGCAACUUGACGUCCUGACCAACUUUGCGCCUUCAGGUUUCUUUGAAACAGGAGUCCCAGCUACUAGCGUCCUGGCGCGUGGGAAGAAUGUUCUGGUGGGCUGUGAGGACGGCAUAGUUUGGGAGCUAUCACGUCGUUUAAGCCAAGCCACCAUCCUGCGACGCAUGGAGUUAGGAGUUCCCAUUUUGACUUUGGAUGCGGAUGCAGAAGCUCCAGGAGCCCGAGUGCUGGCAGCUGGACGUGGGCGAUUUGCAGUGUGGGUCGGGGAAGGAGACUCAGAAGAGGUGCAAUUGGCUUUUCAUGGCAAGUGUGGUCCAGCGGCUGCGGUGAGAUUAUUACCUGGCACAACUGAGGACCUGCUCGUGAUACCAGAUGCUUCACUGGAUGCGGAGAAUGACCUUCUUCACUCACAUCCAUCUUUCGGCCUGCUUUGCAGCGUGCAAUGCAGGUCCUUGACCUCUGACCAUCGGUCCGAGCUAUCUUUCUUCCUUGUGGGUGAGUUGUUGCAGGGUGUCACGCGACAAUUUGAGCUCUUCAAGAUCUCACCGCUGGAGGUUUCUCUACAGUCAAAGAUGGGGCUGCCAAGUCUGCCUCUCACUGGUCACAUUGCCGCAGCAGAGGUGAAUCAGGAGGAGAAGCAGAACUGUUUGACAGCAGCUGCUUCAACUUCUCACGAUAUCGACAACACGGAUGCAGAGAAGAGGGAGAAGACUUUAUCAAAAUCCAGAUCGAACAGGCACAUAAAUGCAUUCCGCGAUCCCACCCAAGCGUCCAUAGCAAAAUCACUUAUUUAA